CGUGGUUUCCGUUUGAUUCGAUCCCUUUUCCUUUUCGCUGGAUCAAGUAAAGUUGGGUGCUUGUUCUCUCUUGUGGAGCUAAGGCUGUAUCAGCGACUUGCACCAUUAUUAACUCUCAUCCAGUUUUAAUAAAAGACAUUUAAACAGCAAAUAUGUCUACCAAAGUCGACCUUGCUUGCGUUUAUUCCGCAUUAAUACUUGUCGAUGAUGACGUCGCUGUAACUGGUGAAAAAAUUCAAACUGUACUGAAAGCUGCUAAUGUUGAUGUUGACUCAUAUUGGCCCGGUCUUUUUGCUAAAGCACUGGAAGGUGUUAAUGUCAAAGAAAUGUUAGCAAAUGUUGGAUCCGGUGUUGGAGCAGCACCAGCAGCAGCUCCAGUUGGUGCCGCUGCCCCUGCUGCUGCUGAAGCUGCACCAGCUAAGGAGGAAAAGAAGAAGGAGGAACCAGAAGAAGAAUCCGAUGAUGACAUGGGCUUUGGUCUAUUUGACUAAACUCAAGGAUCGCAAUUUGUUGGUCCAU